AUGCUUUCCCGGGCCAAGCCGGCCGUGGGGGGUACCCCGCCGCCGGGGGACAGGCGGAGGAAGAAAGGGAAGAAGGUGCCGCAGCUGGAAGAGCUCCUGGCCCUGAGGGACUUCACCGGCGCUAUCGCCUUGCUGGAGUUUAAACAGCACGUGGGUGAGCAGGAGGAGGAUGCUGACCUUUGGAUCGGGUACUCUGCCUUUCAUUUGGGUGACUACAAGAGAGCGCUGGAGGAAUAUGAGGCCUUAACCAACCAACCAACUUGCAAUCCAGAUGUUUGGGUGAACCUUGCCUGUACGUACUUCUUUCUGGGGAUGUAUACGCAAGCUGAACAAGCAGCCUUGAGAGCACCUAAGAGUCGUCUCCAGAACCGUUUACUCUUUCACCUGGCACAUAAGUUCAGUGAUGAGAAGAAACUGAUGAGCUCUCACCAGAAUCUGCAAGAUAUUACGGAAGAUCAGCUUAGCUUGGCAUCUAUCCACUACAUGCGGUCCCACUACCAAGAAGCUAUUGACAUCUACAAACGCAUUCUUCUUGAUAAUCGGGAAUACCUGGCUCUGAAUGUAUAUGUGGCCCUAUGCUAUUACAAACUGGAUUACUAUGAUGUGUCACAGGAAGUGCUAGCUGUUUAUCUUCAGCAAGUUCCUGACAGCACCAUUGCUCUUAACCUUAAGGCUUGUAACCAUUUCCGACUUUACAAUGGGAAAGCUGCUGAGGCAGAGCUCAAGAACUUGAUGGACAGUGCCUCAUCGUCUUUUGAGUUUGGCAAGGAGCUUAUAAAGCACAAUCUGGUGGUGUUCCGAGGAGGAGAAGGGGCUUUGCAGGUCCUGCCUCCUCUGGUUGAUGUUAUUCCUGAGGCAAGACUGAAUCUUGUGAUUUACUAUCUCCGGCAAG